AUGGCACAACCACCCGCUCGAUCCGCUUUCCCGUCCAACAUCCUCAACCCCGCCCUUACCUCGACACCCUCGCCCAGCCUCUCGCAUACGAACACGCCCGGAUCCGCCAGCUCCACCAACAACACGUUCCUCAUGUCUGCGAGCCCCGUCCGAGGCCGUCGAUCAGCCGUGGAAGGCUACAAGCCCAAGAUGAUUUCGACAAUUGGCGCCAAGCCCGCCUGCCUCGUCAAUGCCUCCGUGACAUAUGUUGGCGAUGACCAGAUAUACGCCUUCGGAGGCUUCGACCAAUACACCGACGAAGUAUACAACCACGUGCUUCGUUUGAACCUCGUUACACGACAAUGGAACCUGGUCGACAACUACGGCGACAUUCCAGGCGUACGCAUGGGACACACUGCAUGCCUUUGGCAAGGCAACAAGCUCCUCGUAUUUGGUGGAGAAAACGAGCACCGCCAGCAUCUUGCCGACGUUAUUGUAUUCGAUCUCAAAACCGCCCAUUGGACGCAGCCCGAGCUCCACGGGCCCAUACCUCGCGGCCGUGCGCGCCACUCAGCUGUUAUAUACGAUGACAAAUUGUACAUCAGCGGUGGCCAGACUGGGCAUGAUAGCGUGCUAGACGACAUCUGCUACCUUGACCUGAAGACAUGGACCUGGUCUCGGACAUGGAAAUUCGUCCCUCGUUACGACCACGCCAGCUGGAUCUGGAACGGUCGCAUCUGGAUAUUCGGUGGCAUCAACGACGAUAUGGAGAAGAACAAUGAGAUCUGGUGGCUCGAUCUCCGCGGUAGCCCAGAGUUUGACCAUGCAAUGAAAUAUGGGACGGGCGACCGGCAACUCAUCUCAUCCCGACAUCGUUACCCUGUGCCGGCUUCUGGCCAGCUCGCGACCGGCAGUACAGGCUACACUGCAAAUUCCAGCGUUCAGUCGUACCACGGAAUGGGUUCAAGUCGGUCACCCUAUGUUGCGCCUGGGUCCAUUUCGUCUCUCAGAUUCCAUUCCAGUCCAAAUCUACCAUCACAGGCCGCGGGUACGCAUUUCCACAUCUUCUCAUCUGGCUGCAUGCUGGACUUUGUCACUCCGGCAGAGCUGAGUUGCGAGACGAGCUUGUCUAGUCUGGAGCUAGACACUUUACGAUGGCAGAAGCUCGCCGACGGAAAGGAUCUUUACAGCCCCAACUACCGCUGGCACUAUUGCACCACCAAUCCUGAAGGAACACAUGCAUGGCUUCUGGGCAGCCCAAUUGAGUCGGCCAACGAUGGGAACCAUAAUGGUGAGUAUCUUAGCGACGUUCUCGCCAUCGACCUCCGCAAGUACGGCAUCCUGGGUAACGAGCUGGCCUCGGACACGCGCUCCAAGAUGAUGCCCUCCUCUGACGCCAAUGUUUCUUCGCAUCUCACCGGCAUCGGUGCCGAUCUGUCCCUGACGUUCGACCAACCACCAGAGAGUGGCAGCGGCGCAGACUUCAUCAUAACGGCGGAUCCUGAUGAUGAUGAUUAUGUGGAUGUUGCAACACCAGAUCCCAAUGGCUCGUCAACGGCUGUGAGUCCAGUCUCGCGGCCGAUACACGUCCAUAAGCUCAUUCUACAUGCUCGUUGGCCUCAUUUCGCCCGUCUAUGGAGCGCCCAGAUGGCUGAGUUCCAUUCGAAGAAAAUGCAUAUCCCUGAGCCAUAUUCGGCAGUUCGGGCGUUCCUGUUCUACCUUUACACCGACAGUAUUGCGCCGAAUCCGCAGAAUGGACCUAGCCUGAACGAUGUGGCCGGCAUGCUUGUCAUGUCAAACAUCUACGACAUGCCUCGUCUUCGCCUGCUCUGUGUAAACCGUUUAGGCCGGGAGCUCGACAUCGAGCACGCUGCCACAAUCUGGGAGCGUGCUGCUACUGCUGGAGAGGACUGGCUCAAGCAGCGAGCAGCGACGUUCUGUAUGCAAAACUUCGGUAGAAUCGUCCGCACAGCAGGCUACCGUAGUCUCAGUCCCGCAAGCUUGAUUGAGCUUAGUUGUGAGGCUACCCCAGAAGCGCGUGUCGUCGGUGGGGAAGAUCUGGAUCUGCUCAGCCAGCUUACCGGCCGCUCCUUUGGUGGUAGUAACCGCAAGCGGAGCUUGGGUAGCGCGGGCGUUCUCACUGCUGGGGAAGAUGAUGGCGAGGACGAGGUGGAAGAUGAUGGUAUGGAUGUGAACUAA